CUGAGGGACUCAGAGGUCAGCCCUCCACCCUUUACAAGGUAAACCAGUAUGCAUAAGGAGCUGCAAGAUAUCCAGCAGCUGGACCUUGAGGAAAAUGACCAGGAACUUGGUGCAGGGGAACUACCAAGCACUCCUGGGGGCCCUGCCAGGAGAAAGACUCCAUUUUGGAAGGGGAUAUCUCCACCCCAGUCUUCACUGUGGCAGCGUCUCUGCUCAAGUCACAGCUUCAGCCUGAUUAUCCUGGGAUUCAACAUUGUCCUGCUGGUGGCCAUCUGUGUGAUCAUCUCCCGAAGAGCCCAUCUGCAAGUGGAGUUGCGGACCCUGAAAGAAAAAUGUGGCAACUUCUCCUCUGGCAUUCUGAUGGAGUUAAAGUCUCUAAGCUCCCAUGGAGGCAGUAAAGAAAACAAGGUGACAUCUCUGGAAGACAAGUUGGAGAAACAAUUGAAGGAGCUGAAAGCAGACCAUAGUGCUUUGUCUAUCCAUCUGAAGCAUUUUCCAGUUGAUCUGCAUACUCUGGCUUGUCAGAUGGCAUUCUUCCGGAGCAAAGGCAAAGAAUGCUGCCCAGUUAACUGGAUAGAGAAUAAAGGCAGUUGUUACUGGUUUUCUCACACUGGGGGUAACUGGUCUGAGGCUGAGAGCUACUGCCAGCUAGAGAAGGCCUACCUGGUGGUAAUCAAUUCUAGAGAGGAGCAGAAAUUUCUUGAACCACACACUCAGUCCUUCAAUAACUGGAUAGGUCUCACUGACAGUGAUGGCUCCUGGAAAUGGGUGGAUGGCACAGACUAUAAGUCUAACUACAAGAACUGGGCUCGACUUGAGCCAAAUAACUGGAAGGGUCGUGAGGUGGAUGCAUAUGAGGACUGUGCUGAAAUCCGAUGGGAUGGCCUCUGGAAUGAUGAUAUAUGCUCACAGAAGAAACGGUGGGUGUGUGAGAUGAAGACUAACUUUACCAUCUAG